GCACCGCGUCCGCUGCUCUCUUCCGCUCGCUACGCUCCGAGGCGCUCUCUUGCCGUUCAUCUGCCCACACUGCGUCUCAGCGCGCGCUUCUCUGUUGCUCGGCGCAUCCCUGCCCCGCUCGCGUCCUCGUGCCCUGCCCCGCUCCACGUCUUCCCGCCGCUCUUGCCUCGUGAUGAGCGCCUCGCAGCCGCCCGUGCUGCGCUCGCUGCUCUUCCACACGCACGACGCCUCGCGCCCGCUCAAGCCGUCGGCCUUCGGCGCCCUCUCGCACGCCAUCCACGAGACGCUGCACUUUGCCCUCGACGGCGACGUCGAGGACUGGGCCGCGGCGCCGUCGCUGCAGGCGCCGUGCGGGCCCAACGAGGAGGCCGAGCAGCAGCAGGCGCGUCACUCGGAGGAGGAGGAGGAGCUGACGCCGCGGCCAGGCUUCGCGCCGCCCGUCGCGCCGGCAGACGACGACGAGCGUGCAUACAUCUCCUACCACUUCAGCGACGACGGCACGCUGGCGCUGCCGCAUCCCGACACCAUCGCCGCCGACCGCUCGCCGGACCCGUGUGCGGCCGGCGCAGACCGCUCGGCGCUCGACGUGACGGCCAAGUUCUUCCUGCUCUCGGCAUCCGCAGGCAGCCAGGAGCGCGGCGCGGCGCCCUUGGUCGAGGAUGCGCUGCAGGCACUCGAGGCCAGCACGGGCAUCGAGCAGGUCGACACGGCCAUUCUCGAGUUUCCACUCUUGCGGCUAGGCGAGCCGGCGCCGAGUGGAGACGAAGAGCUCGUGCGGAGAACGUGGUCGGCGCUCUCUCCGUCUCCUCGGAUUGCCGCGCUCGGCGUGGCGUCUGCCUCGCUGCCCUCGCUGCGCGUCAUCUUCGCCGACGUGCCGGCGGCCAACGGCUCGGCGCACACGCAGGCGUCGGCGUACCGCACGCCCUCGCUCGUCACCAUCGACGUGGGCAAGAUGCGCACGCCGUGCUCGUGGGACCGCGAGCUGAAGCAGUGGUGCGAGGAGCGCGGCACGGAGCUGGGCACGGGCAACGACGGCGAUGAUGUGUUGCCAAAGGAGACGCUGCCUACUUUGCUCGCCGAAUUUGCAGAUCGGCUGCCGGUGCCAUUGCCGGCGAACGCGCGCCUCGUGCCGCGGUGGUGCAUGAAGUACACAAUACUCAUCCGCGACCGCGGCGUGCUCGCAGACCAGAGCUGGAUCCUGCGCUGCGACGUCGAGACCGAUGCUUGA